UUAUAUUGCCAAAGACAUAGGCACCUAAAACACGCACACACACCGCAUUCUCAGCUCUCCGCCGUCGUUGUCCGCUGGCGUUUUUUGUACUAAGUUCGAGCCCGCAUCCUCUCUCACUCCCAGUUAAAACGGACAAAAAAAAUUGACCUCCCGGGAUUUUGUAUUUUCGGCUUGGACUGUAGUGGAGCUGGGUAAGGAUAUUCUGAUUCUUGGAAGGUAGAGGAAGAAAAGGGUUUACCGUUGAAAUUUGUAAAUUUCGUUUGUGUUUUCGGUGAGAUAGGUUCUGAAGCUGACGUCAUUUUGAGUAAAGUUUGAUUUCUGGGUUGGGUGAAACAGAGGAAGAAGAAAUUGUUGAGAUCGCACGAGCAGAGCAGGAUUGUGUGUGUGGCAAAUUAGGAUUUUUUGGGGGAAGGCAGCUGCGGAGGGGAGAGAAGGUUUUGUGGUAAAGUGAGAAAGUGAUGGUGAGGAAACAUGGGUGGCAGCUGCCCGCGCACACCUUUCAGGUUGUUGCAAUCACAGUGUUCUGCUUGUUGGUGGUUGCAUUUUAUGCUUUCUUUGCUCCUUUCCUAGGAGGUAAAAUAUGGGAGUAUGCUUUAAUCGGCGUCUAUUCCCCCGUGGCUCUAUUGGUUUUCAUUCUCUAUGUACGGAGUACUGCAAUCAACCCAGCAGACCCUGGUAUUAUGUCAAAAUUUGACCCUGAAUUAGCGGAGGGAGGGAGGGAAAAGCAUGAAUCAAUCUCUGAUGGUCAAAAUAGAAAAUUUGAUGAAGUUAGCAACGGGACUCAUUCUUGUCACUCUACAGCUUCACAAAGCUCCGUUGCAGGACCUAACAGUGACCACAAAGGUUCUGUUGAGUCUAUAAAAUCCAAUGCUCAAGCUGUCCUCCCAAGAAGGAGAUCCUUUUGUAAUUAUUUUGGAGGAUUUCUUUGUGCAAUAUUUGUUCUUGAAGAUUGUCGCAAACCAGAUGAGGCGGCUGAGCAGGACGCCACAGGCGAAGAAGCAUUGUUUUGCACACUGUGCAAUGCUGAGGUUCGAAAGUUCAGCAAACAUUGUCGAAGUUGUGAUAAGUGUGUGGAUGGAUUUGAUCACCAUUGUCGGUGGCUCAAUAACUGCGUAGGACGGAAAAACUAUGUCACAUUUAUCUCACUCAUGGCCAUCAGUUUAGUAUGGCUUGUUAUUGAAGCGGGAGUUGGCAUUGGUGUUCUAGUUCGUUGCUUUGUUAAUAAGAAUCAUAUGGAAGCUGAAAUAGUUGAUAGGCUUGGGAAUGGCUUCUCUCGUGCACCUUUUGCUACUGUUGUGGCUAUAUGUACAGCCGUGUCUUUACUGGCUUGUGUACCACUGGGGGAGCUUUUCUUUUUCCAUAUGAUACUUAUUAGAAAGGGCAUCACGACUUAUGAAUAUGUUGUGGCAAUGAGGGCCAUGAGUGAAGCCCCUGCAGGAGCAUCCGUAGAUGAGGAACUCCCGACCAUUAUAUAUUCCCCAUCCGGAUCCGCAACAACUGGCUUCAGUGCUGGAAGUUCUUUGGGACUACAGUAUAAAGGAGCUUGGUGCACCCCACCUCGGGUGUUCGUAGAUUAUCAGGAAGAAGUUGCACCUCAGCUAGGACCCGGAAUUAUUCCAUCUACAGUCGAUCCAGACGCUAAUGGAUUAGGCGACAAGACAAACAAGGGACCCAAAAAGGGCAUCCGGAUCAGCGCCUGGAAGCUUGCUAAGCUAGACUCAAAUGAGGCAGUGAAAGCAGCUGCUAAAGCCAGGGCAUCAUCAUCCGUUCUACGCCCUGUUGAUAAUCGUCGUCUACCUGAUUCUGAAUUGAGCUCCAGCGACAACGCAAGUAUCAGAAGCAGCAUGAGCAUCGAAGCUGCAGGAAGCAAGGACACCCGACUCUCGCCUUUAAGGCACUCUUUUGCUCCCAGCCAAGGCAGCCGGGACGAAUACGAAACCGGCACUCAAAGCGUGAGCAGUUUCAGCAGCCCAAGUCAUGUUCACGAAUCCGUGACGCUAAGCCCUCUUCCGCAACUUCAUGCUACGAAUCCUCUCGCCAUUGCCGCUACACGCCCUGACCCUGUCGGUAAAAACAACCCGGUGUUCCAAAACUCCUCCGGAUUCGAUGAAAAGAUAAUGCAAAGGCACAGCAGCACGGAGCCCUUAUUGGUCCCCGCUCCUGCUGAUCGCGCAACUUCCUUAAUCAGAGACAUCAAAAGAACAUCUGUCGUCUGGGAUCAAGAAGCUGGCAGGUACGUCUCUAUCCCCAUUUCAGCUCUGGAAUCUCGUAAGAAACUCGGUAUCCCAGAAGCAGGUAAUCAAGACAAGCGAACUGGCAUUGCUGUUCCCCCUCGAGAGCCAUUCCAGUCCUCGGCAAAGCCAACUGUUGGUCAGUCGGAGAAAUUAACCUACUCUGGGGAAUCCAUCUUCUUCGGCGGCCCACUUAUGAGUGCUCCGAUCAGGGAAGGUUUGAAAACUGAGGGGGCUUCGAGUUCGAAAGAUGCUCUGGACAAGCUACCGAUAACUUUGCCUCGGGAGACCAGAUUCAAGAGGGAUGCUGUCUCCAACCAGCUCCCUGUCUUCGUCCCCGGGGACUUCGAUUCGAAUCCUUCGGCUGGUUCAGGUCCAAAGUAAUCCACACAAGCUGAUCUUGGAGCAUUUCUUGAUGCGUCGCAAUACGGUGGAUUUGGAGUGUCGUGAAUAAGAAGAAACCACCUGAAUCGAAGCUGUUUUGGAUCAACAGAGGAACCUUUCUGUCCUUGGUCGGCGCAUCCCUCUGCGAGCUGAUGGAGAGUUUCCGGCGGUUUAUUCUGGUCCCGUUAUAUCGAUUUUGGCGGAGAGUUAUCGAUGCCAUCGAAGUAGAAACUGAGUUGUGUAAGCGAGAAGGAAUUACUCCGUUGAUGUAUUAUUGAGUUUUGGAGUUCACCAUUGUUGUUCCUUUGAGUGUAUAUGCAUUUUCUGCUAUGUUCCAAGUCUGUUAAUGGAUCUUGCUGUUUUUAUUUGAUUUUUAUCCAUCACCGGUGCUUUUGGAACCAAAAAAAGGAGAAUCAUUUAUGUUGGUUUU